GGCUGGCCUUCAUUUAGUACUCAUGGCUUCCCUUGAGACAGGGUAAGUGUCCUCCAACAGAGACAUCUAUGUAUGGCCUUAACCAUGGGAAUUAUUUUUCCCCGCAAUCCGCGCCUGCAUUUUCGACAUGGACGGGCUUCUCAUCAACUCCGAAGACAUAAUCACUCUAUCCACAAACCAAAUUCUUGAAAAGUAUGGAAGGCCUGCCUUUACACGGUCAAUUCGAGCGCAGCUCAUGGGUGUCCCAAACUCGACAAAUGGUGAUGUAUUCCACGAUUGGGCCAAGUUGCCCAUCUCCCGCGAGACAUUCGCCGUUGAAUCGGCUGAACAAAUGAAAUUGCACUUUCCGAAUUGCAAGCCGCUGCCUGGUGCGGAGAAGCUUCUGUCGAACCUCAGCCGUGCACGUAGUGCUUCUUCUGGGGAUAGGAUUGAGCUGGCACUGGGGUCCAGCACCAAGAGCCAUAGCUAUGAACUGAAAACUUCGAGGCCGGAAACAAAACGGCUGCUUAGCUUUUUCCAGCCCGACAGGCGUGUCCUGGGUGAUGACCCACGAGUGCGACACGGUCGAGGGAAGCCAGCGCCCGACAUAUAUUUAGUCGCGUUGCAGUCGUUGAACUCGGCGGCAGAUUGGGGCGAAAAAGCCAUCAUGCCCAACGAAUGUUUGGUCUUUGAAGAUAGCGUGGCUGGGGUAGAGGCUGGAAGACGGGCUGGAAUGAGGGUUGUUUGGGUACCGCAUCCAGAUGUGGCUGUCGAGUAUCAAGCGAGGCAGAAGGAGGUACUGGCUGGGAGGACGGGAAUGAUUGAGGUCGGAGACGACUGGCAGCUAGGAGAGAUUGAUGAUGAUUGGGCCGAAAGCAUACCGAAUCUGGAACAUUUCAACUACGAAAAGUACGGCAUCGAGGUGCCGUCAUAAUUAUCUUUAAACGGAUCAGGUGCUCGGCAAUUUUAUGGGCAACACUUAUAGUAUAGAAAUCUCUGUCGUCCACUGUUGCGCGCAUAUGAUGCCACGCUCUGUGGUGGUAUUCGAAGCUCUCAUCCCAUUGGUUUUGCGUAGCAC